AUUUUCCGUUUGUUACGCAAAGGUUAACUUGGUAUUGAUUCUUAGUUAACUGUUGGCAUGGUAAUUAAUGGAACUGUAUAGCAACACCAUGCCACAACUCUGCUGUCUGAUCGUUCUCAUCCUCUGGCUGCUUCAAACUGUUGAUUCUUUAGUUGUUCCAGCAAGGGUAGAAGGACUUAAGCAAGAACAAGUCACUCUUACAUGCUCAUACGUAGAAUCUGGGUCUACCCCCCCAACAAUAUCAUGGGCUAAGAAUGAAGCAGACGGACGCACUAGUAUUGUUGCUUCGUCGGUUUCAGGGUUUUCGCAUAUUAGUGAAACAUUCGCUGGUCGAGCAAGUUUAUCGGGUGCCAAUUUGACGAUAUCUUUACUCAAGUUGUCCGACGCAGGUUCUUACACAUGUAAUGUCAUUGCAGUGGGUAGCCCGCAAGAAUCGGGAACCACAGUGUUAAGCGUAACAGCCACGCCGGACAUAUCGGCAUUUUCAAUCAAGGCACCAAUCGUGGAAUCAAACCAAAGAUACGGUGCCGCCAUUUGUACAGCGGUUGGCGGUCAACCUCGCGCAGUUAUCACUUGGACCGACAGCUCGGGAAAGGUCCAGCCGUCCAGGGUCACUUUUCGGGAGGCAGACGACGGCUCCGUGAACGUGGAGUCCGUUCUUCUUCUUCAUGUUGGUCUUCUCGGAAGAGCAGGAAACAUUACUGAUCCAGUGACUCUGACGGAUCGGAUACAAGAAUUUACAUGUCGUGUGAAGCAUAGUAACUUAGACCCGACAGAGGACCGGAGAGUAAAUGUCGAAUUGAUGUUCCCACCCGUGGCGCAUAUCUCACUACUAGGCAACCAACUAACCUGUAACGUGGAGGGCAACCCACAACCGACCCUCAAGUGGUUUCUACCAACCGGUGAGGUGUUACGUAAUUCACCCACCGUCUACGUCACUCCUACGUCAUCGGGUAACGGUCGUUACGUCUGCACGGCGACCAGUAAUCUGGGACCUACAGCGACCGCUUUCUUGGAUGUAAAUAAAGCAGAGGAUUUGCCUGUUCUGUUUCGGACUCUAGUUCAAUUGAACACCUCCUUACCGGUAACGGCCUCCGGAUUUGAAAUCGAAUGUUCAGCAGAUCUAGUUUCAACCGGUUCAAACCUGCGCGUUGGUUACGAUGUAAGAUUUGAAUGGAGCAAAGAUGGAAUAAAAAUACGAGAUUCUUUAUCUGAAUACUCAAUCAUUGCGCGAGAGAAGCGUCUCCCCUCAGGAGCUGUCCGUUUGACGUCAUCGUUACGUUUUGUAAACGUAAGAAGAGGACGUGAUGACGCAGAUUUUCGAUGUCGAUUGGUGAAUACGACACGAAUCACUGGAUUCGUUUCUGCGUUGGAAAGAACUGUGAAAAUUGUCGUAGACUAUCCCCCUGAGAGCCGAAACCUUCGCAUUUCAUCAGAACCAAGUCAUGGUGUCGUCAAAGAAGGGGGAGAUCUUCAAUUACAUUGCUCUACUUCAUCCAAUCCAAUCAGUCAAUAUGAUUGGUAUUUUCAAGGUACUAAAAUUGGCACUGGCAGCAGUUUUCGAAUCCAAAAUCUCCAACGCCAUCAAGCGGGCACUUACCAGUGCGUUGCUUACAACUACGUUCCCGGUAGUGCAAAUGGUGACGUGGCAGUCAUGGUAGAGUAUCCGCCUUCCAAUGUCAUCGUUACACAGAAUGAGAAUGAGUUAACUUGCGUUGCUGAAUCGGGGAGUAUUCCUGAACCAAUGUAUAAAUGGAUUUUGCCGAACGGGACCGAAACUGCUGGGAAUAAAUCUAGGCUUUUCGUAACUCCUUCUUCUGCUGGUCAAUACACCUGCAGUGUAAGCAAUAUACAUGGUAGAGAGAACGUAACUUUUAUAUACACCACAGAAUUAAUCGGCUCUCUAUCUGUUGCUGAGUUCGUUACAACAUUGGUUCUAUGCAUCGUAUUUGCUGUUAUAUUGGCUUGCAUUAUCGGAUGGUUCACUUACAAAAGAUGUCCGUUCAGAAAACCUCACGAAGCUGUGUCAGACGAAGCACUCAAACGGUAUCUGCAGUUCAUGGAGCCUCCCGAAAGCGGGAAAACUCCUGGAGACUCACUCACGUGUGAUGCACCUGAUCUAACUGAACCAAGAAAAGCAACAGUCCGCAACCUCCGAUUCACUGAAUGCAAAUCUCCUCUUCCUCCAGAUGAAGAGCACGGAACAAACAUUGUACCCAAACUUCCAGCAAUCACCAGAACGAGAAUUGACCAGAGUACCCCUGCUGGUUCUAAUGGUGAUAGAUAUCGAUGUUAUAUGGCGGUGGAUGGAUCCAGUAUUGAAAUCGUGGAAAACGAAUCUUUACCGUCGCCGCAACUGAAUUACAAACAAAUCCGCGAAGAGAGGGCAGAGUGCGAAAAAUCUACACAAUAUGCAAAAAUUCAGAAGAGAGAAUCCCAAGAUCUCGACACACCAUCGGAAAAUUUAAGUCAGGCGACGCGGGAAGCGACGAUCCCUUCUCCGGUCAGACUCGCCAAACUUCGUCGGGAUACGGGGCGCAUCGUUCACGAACCAGCAAACGUGAUACCUAUGCAGUACUUCCACCAAGCAACUUUGCCUCGAACCGCCCGACUCCCACCAAAAGUUCCUUUGCAUUACCCGCCUCCUCUAGGCGUGAUGGUAACCGGUUAUGAACCAGUUUUAUACGACGAAACAUGGAGGCCUGGAAUCCCACACUACGUUACUUGCUCUGCAAGCCACAUAGGUCCCUACGCUUCUUUAAAUGUCAACUCACGUCAUCGUGCCGACCGUGGGUCCGAGGAAACGACGAUACAUAGUGAUACUUCUACAACGACUUCAGAUGAUUACCUGCACGGAGUAAAACGCAAUUUGCCGCGUUCAAUGUCUCUCUCGGCUUCUGACUCUUCGUCCGCAACAACUUCCGAUUCUUCACACAGUGCUUCCACACAACAAAGCGACAAUCCGUCCAAAACGAACUUACAAUGUAAAAAAGUAAUGGAGCCCACCUCUUUUGAUAGUGGAAACGACUCUGUCAAAUCUACGACUGGUACGACAAAGCGACAUCAAUCUCUUACAUUAGUAUAGCGGGGCAGAAUAUUUCACUUAUUCCAUACUUAUGUCAACCUUUUAUUUUUUACCUUGUUUUUACCUUCACAUUCUAUCAUUGCGAUAUCGCCUAUUGUAUGUUAUUCGCCACAGAUUAUAUACAGCUUAUUUUAUUGCGAACUACAAAACAUAGCGUGUAGUUUAUUCUAAAAUUGCGAAAACUUAAAUUGCUGUGUUUCAGCGCCAAAAAUCUUUUACACCUAAAAAUAAAUUUUAUCCAAGAAAUAAUAA